CAGGAAGCAAAGCAAACAAACAAGCCAUGAAGAUGAUGACGUGCAUCGCCGCUAGCAUCCUGCUGAUGCUUUCACUGGAGGCCUCCCUUGCCGUCGCCGACGACGUGGUGGGAUCCAUCCUCCUGCCGAGCCAAGGCAAAGGUGCAGACGAGGAGGUCCAAGGAGGAGGAGCAGCACUGCAGCAGUCAUGGCCAUGGGGGGGAGGCGGCCGUGGAAGUGCUGCGACCAGCCGAUAUGCCGUGGGUGGAAGUAUCCGGUCUGCGAGUGCGCCGACGAGGUCGACGAGUGCGCGCCCACGUGCCACUCCUGCGUGCCGUCCAAGGCGAACGCCACCCGCAAAGUCUGCGAGGACACCUACAUCGGCAAGGCAGGGCCCGGGUGCACGGAGAAGCCAUGGAAAUGCUGCGACGAGCCCUUCUGCUCCGGCGCGGACCCGCCGACGUGCCACUGCGCAGACGAGGUCGAGCAGUGCGCCCCGACCUGCAAGACCUGCUUGCCGGCACUGCUUCACCCGUGGACCCGCCACAUGUGCUUCGACUUCUUCCAUGGCUUCCCAGGGCCACAGUGCAGGUACCUUGCUGCUGCCGACGACGCCGCCGGCGGCGGUUACUAGCACGCUGCGGUCGUUCCCUGGGCGUGCCCUCCACUGAAAUCGCCGCGUCCGUACUGCUAUGUACUGGAGUACUAAGUACCUUGCUGCAGCAGCAGCCUGCAGUCAGUGUGUCACAAUA